GAUCUGCGGACUUGAAUCCAGACAGUAUGGAUGGAUGUGGCGCGGUAUUUGGCGCAUUCGGCGUCCGUCGCCCUCCCAGGAUAUGGUGCUGCUGGAAGGUUGUCUUUCUGCUCAGCGCCUUCUUUCACAACUACCUGAGCUCCCUGCUGGACUGCCCGCCCACCUGCACCUGCUCGCCCACGGAGAUCUACUGCAAUAAGUCCGACAACAGCAAAUUCUUCCCGCUGCUGUCCUUCCAGGGCACCGGGAGCGCCGGGAACAGCAGCGGGAGCAUCGAGGACCUUUUCCAGAACAUCACCUCAAUACACAUUGAGAACUGGACUGGUCUUCAGACCUUGAGGGAUGUGGAUAUGGAGCUCUACACUGGCUUAGAGAGGCUUACUGUUACCAGGAGCAACCUGCAUGCCAUCCAUACUCGUGUGUUCUCCAAGAACCCCCACCUGCACUACAUAAACCUGUCCAAGAACCCCAUGCUGACCACGCUGUCCUGGCAGAUCUUUGAACAUCUGCAGCUCUUUGAACUUCAUUUAGAGGAGGUGGUGUUUGCCUGUGGCUGUGAGAUCCGCUGGCUGCAGCUAUGGCAACAGAGAGGAGAGGCGGGUCUAAGCAGUCAACAGUUAUACUGUGCUGAUGGCUACAGGAAGAUCCUGCUGCAUGAUAUGAACAUCAGUAGUUGUGACUUGCCUGAAAUCAGUGUCAGCCACAGCAACCUCACAGUGAUAGAGGGAGAUCGAGUGAUGGCGACCUGCAACGGCUCUGGAUCCCCCUUACCUGAGGUGGACUGGCCCGUCAACGGCUUACACUCCAUCAACGCGCAAGAGGCAAAAGUCUACGACAACAACACCAUUCAUUCCAUCAACAUCACUCUGGUCAAUGUGAGUAGAGACGACAACAACUUCCUGCUAACCUGCACCGCUACCAACAUAGUGGGCAUGACCAAUGCUUCCGUCCAGCUCACUGUUCACUUUCCUCCCUCCAUCGUGAAGCUGAAGGAGCCAGAACGCCGCCAUGACACCUGCAUAGAGUUUACUGUACGAGGUUCACCCCACCCAACCUUACGAUGGUUCUACAAAGACAAGGAAAUCUCCCACACCGAGUAUGUACGUCCUGAUAUGGAUAUUUACCAGGACUACAUAGAAGGCUGCUUGACCUUUAAAAACCCAACACACCACAACAACGGGAACUACACUUUAGAGGCCAGCAACUACCUGGGUCUAGCCACUAGCACUGUGUAUGGCCAUUUCCUCAACAAGCCAUUUGAUGAUCCAGAGUCAGACUAUGAUUACGUUACUCCGACUGCAGAGACUCACAAACCUGAGGAAGACACUUUUGGGGUCUCCAUAGCAGUGUGCCUGGCAGGGUUUGCCUGUGUGAUGCUGGUGGUUCUCUUCCUUCUCAUCAACAAGUAUGGACGACGCUCUAAGUUUGGCAUGAAAGGACCAGUGGCAGUGAUAAGUGGUGAAGAAGACUCUGCCAGCCCCCUUCAUCAUGUGAACCAUGGCAUUAUCAGCCCCUGUACCCUGGAUGCAGGGGCGGAUGCUGUGGUGAUUGGAAUGACCAGGAUCCCCGUCAUCGAGAACCCACAGUACUUCAGACAUGGACACAACUGUAACAAACCCACCACCUAUGUUCAGCACAUUAAAAGGCGGGACAUUAUUUUGAAGAGGGAGCUCGGAGAGGGAGCCUUCGGCAAGGUCUUCCUCGCUGAAUGUUACAACCUGAGUCCCACCAAGGACAAGAUGCUGGUUGCUGUGAAGACUCUGAAGGACCCCACUCUUGCAGCCAGGAAGGAUUUCCAGCGCGAGGCUGAGCUGCUGACCAAUCUCCAGCACGAGCACAUCGUCAAGUUCUACGGCGUGUGUGUGGACGGAGACCCUCUCAUCAUGGUCUUUGAAUACAUGAAGCACGGAGACCUCAACAAGUUCCUCAGAGCCCACGGGCCAGAUGCCAUGAUCCUGGUGGAUGGACAGCCUCUACAGACCAAUGGGGAGCUGGGUCUGUCCCAGAUGCUUCACAUAGCCAGUCAGAUCGCAGCCGGGAUGAUCUACUUGGCGUCCCAACACUUUGUGCACCGUGACCUGGCGACCAGGAAUUGCCUGGUGGGGAACGGUCUUCUGGUGAAAAUAGGAGACUUCGGCAUGUCGAGAGACAUCUACAGCACAGAUUAUUACAGGAUAGUUGUGGGAGGUCACACCAUGCUGCCUAUCCGCUGGAUGCCUCCAGAGAGCAUCAUGUACAGGAAGUUCACCACAGAGAGUGACGUGUGGAGCUUCGGGGUCAUUCUGUGGGAGAUCUUCACCUACGGCAAACAGCCCUGGUUCCAGCUCGCCAACAAUGAGGUGAUAGAGUGCAUUACUCAGGGCAGGGUACUGGAGCGCCCCAGGCUCUGUCCCAAGGAGGUCUACGACCUUAUGCUGGGCUGCUGGCAGAGAGAACCACAGCAGCGCCUCAACAUUAAGGACAUUCAGAAGAUGCUGUUCACCCUGAUGAAAGCCACACCAGUCUACCUGGACAUACUGGGAUAGACUUGGAAGGAACGAGGAUGUAGUUUAGGACUGGAUCAUGACUGCAGUAGAAACGAGUUCACUGGAUCAGAGGGAAUAGAGCUUUGGAGCCAAAGUCUGGCCUGGACCCACAUCAUAGCCUGUGAUGUGAAUCAGUAUUCGGACUGAACUCUUUCUUGCAUCUGACUGCCUGACAUUUGAGGAUUGGAAUGAUGUUUAGCUGGCUGGAGUUAUAUUGCAUUACAUUAGAGUAUAAUCAAGUACAUGGAUUGGACCUCACCUACAAGUCUGGGUCUUGGUUUGUGUGGUCAAGUCCUGCUCCUUUUCGAAUGAACUAGACAUGACUAUAAAGAUGUGACUAUGAAGUAUGGAAAGCAUCAGACUAGAUUGACCUGGAUUAAUUGGUUGUACUGGUAUGGUUUGGUUUAGGUACCGUCACUUUCUAACCUUCAUCCUCAUUUCACCCGUUGAUCAGUCCAGCUUUGGUUCUGUUCUGGUUUAGACAAAGUCUGACCAGGUCUGGAGUCUGGCUCAGAUUGUCCUAGAUUAUAUCUACAGUAUCUCACCCUGAACUUGUUUUCAUCUGUGUCCCUCAGUAAGUCAGGUUUCAUAAAUCUAAUAUUAGAGCCAUCUCACUUUCUCGGCCUUACAUGGGUUGUAUUUUUGCCUGGAAGCACAUGACAGUCACACAGUGAACCAUCCUGGACUUCUGAAGGUCUCCAGAAAUCUGUGUGCAUUUUAAAUGGAUGUUUGUUUAUUCCACGUUCUCUUACCCAGGCUGGUCUGUUUACCUGGUCACUGUUAAUGUCAAUGUCCAGAUUGAACCGUCAUGUAUUAUAACAGAAGAAGAAAAACAUCUUGAUGAAAUGAUGACGAUGAGUUUCAGCUUUGAAGAAGGAAACAUGUCUGUUAAUUAAAUCUAUUAAUUUCA